UCUCUCUCUCUCUGAACAAUGAAUACACAUACAGGUAUGGCAUCAAUCCAAAAGUGGUCAGAGCUUCCAGGGGAGUUGUUAGACAAGAUUGCGAAAUCCCUUCAUCUAUAUCCAGAUUACAUUCGAUUUCGAGCGGUUUGUGUUUCUUGGGAAUCUUCUUUACCAAAGACUCCGAAUCACUUACCUCGCCAGUUUCCACUGUUAAUGCUUCCAUAUGAUCAGGAAAACGAUAAGCCCUGUGUUUUCUUCAGCCUUAACGAGAACAAAUCCUAUAGCCUUAAUUUUCCCCUUGAGUUCCAUAACAAGUUCUUUCGUGGAGCCUGCCAUGGUUGGCUUGUUAUUGUAGAUAAAACUCCCUCCAUUUCCCUUUUCAAUCCUUUUACCAACACCCACAUUGAGCUUCCACCCUUGUCCCUUAACUCAAAAGGGUUUGAAUGUUUGUAUAAGAUAGUGUUGUCAUCAAGUCCUAAUUCAUCUGAUUUCAUGGCCAUAGCCAUAAUUGGGGAUCGUAAAAGAUUUCAAUUUUUUGGUUGGAGAGAUCGUAUGAAACUAGCAUUUUGCAGAUAUGGAGACAAUAGAUGGAGUUCAUUGAAGGAAAUGCCUCGAAGUACAGGUAAUGAAUCUUCAUACAUAGAUGUUAUAUUCUAUAAGAAGCAACAAAUCGUUGCAGCAAAAUCAAAUGGACUUUUUGUGAUUAUGGACAUUAUUGGUGGUCAUGGAAAUUCUAUUCCUGAGAUUAAGGUAAUGCAGACUCUGCAACCACCGGAUUCAGUGUGUCUUGAUCAUAAUUUGUAUCUGGUGGAGUCUAACGAUGAGUUAUUGAUCGUAAAUCGGUCAGUGGAAGUGUUAAGCUUUGAUAAUUGCAGAGAUUAUGAUUACAAAACAACUGGUUUUUCAGUUUAUAAGCUAGAUUUGAUCAAGAACAGCAGUGGCAGCUACAGCUGCAAGUGGUCUGAGAUGAAGAGUUUAGGUGACCAGAUGGUGUUUCUGGGUUUGGAUCCAUCUUCAUCUUUCUCCACCAGUGAAUUCCCUGGAUGUAAAGGGAAUUGCAUAUAUUUCACUGAUGAUCUGUGGGAUAGUCAAUUGGAAGGUGGUAGCAGUAGAGGAUCUGAUGUUGGUUUGUUUGAUAUGAGUGAACAAAAAAUCAAGCCAUUGCACUGCGAUCCCAGAGAACUCAAUUGUCUACCACCAAUUUGGAUCACACCCACUCCACUUUAAU